AAACAAUGUGGGGCAACUCUAUGUCUAAACAUCCCCCUGAAAUCCCCACAAACGCACAAAACAACUUGCUACCUAAUAAAUUAGUGUCCAACUUGCAUCUAAUAUUUCCCCAAUAUUUAUCCAAUUCCAUUCCCAGUUUUUUUUUUCUUCCUCUGUUUUAGCCGCGAUAUUAGGGAAGUUGUAGUAUAAAACAAGGCUUGAAAAGCAUAGUACUAGUGUGUUCAUGCAUCUGGAUUUUCAGUUUUUAAAAGAGAAGAAAUGAAGAAAUGCGAGCUUUGCAACAAGGUCGCAAGAAUGUACUGUGAAUCCGACGAAGCAAGUCUGUGCUGGGAUUGUGAUUUGAGGGUGCACACAGCAAACUUCCUAGUGGCCAAACACUCAAGAACUCUUCUCUGCCAUGCCUGCCAGUCUCCAACCCCAUGGUCCGGCUCUGGUACCAAACUCGGCCCCACUUUUUCCGUCUGUGAGGCGUGUAUCAAUCGCACCGCCACCGAUGAGGAUGAUGACAGUAAUGAGGAAAUCCAAGUUGUCCCUUUGUCUUUACCACCGUCUUCGGCUUCUUCUACUUCUUCCUCUUUCACCACAAGAGAUGACUUAUCAUCCAGACCUACAACUUCUUAUGAUGUAAGCGAAAGUGGGGAAGAGAAGAACAAUGCUAAAAGGAUGAGAUCGAGGAUGUGGCAAUAGCAUAAGAUGAAGACAACAACAGCUUCAAGGGUUGUAGUGCCAUGUGACCUUAAUGAAUCACAGUUAGUCAUGUGUAUUACUCACUUGUACUAAUAAUUUAGAGCAGCCACCAGAUUGUACUUAUUUAGCAGUUUAAUGAUAUGGUUAAUGUUCGAGUUUAAAUUCUCACUCACAUUGUUCAAGAAAUCUGACUUUCAAAAGUGUGAGUCGCAUGUGUGUUUCAAUAAGACAAAUGAGGAAAC